UGAGGCGUUGAGAAUUUCAUGGACAGGCGGUCGCACAGAAAGACACACAGAAGUAGUGGUGUACACUAAGCCCUUGACAGCAAAUAGAUAACACUAGUGCAACGCAUCUGCUGAGACAGGAGAAGAUGGCCACUCUGAACCAUAGCAACUGUAAUUCAGAGUCACCAGCAGCCCUGGAGGAGGCGAAGACUUCCUCUGGUCUGCCGAGCCCCCAGAUAGCCCAUGAGCCUCAUGACUUUGAUGGUUCCUUGCUUCUGCCAUCGGGAAAGGAGCUACACUCAGAGGAUGAAGGUUUUGCUCCAGCUGGGGCAGGCUCAGGUUAUAACAAUAGGGGUUCUCGGACCCAGAGCCCACGGCGAUGUUCAGUGGAGGCGGUGCUGGCCCGAAAGAAGCACCGCAGGCGGCCAUCAAAGCGCAAGAGGCACUGGCGGCCGUACUUAGAACUGAGCUGGGCUGAGAAGCAGCAGCGAGAUGAGAGGCAGAGCCAGAGGGCCUCCCGGGUCCGUGAGGAGAUGUUCGCCAAAGGCCAGCCCUUGGCACCCUACAACACUACCCAGUUCCUAAUGAAUGACCGUGACCUGGAGGAGCCUAACUUGGAUGUGCUCCACGGGCUGUCCCACCCAGGCUCCUCCAGUGGGGAGAAUGAAGCAGGGGACAGUGAUGGGCAGGGCCGAGCUCACGGGGAAUUCCAGCAGAGGGACUUCUCUGAGGCCUAUGAGCGGUACCACACUGAGAGCCUUCAGCGCCUCAGCAAGCAGGAGCUGGUGCGAGACUACCUGGAUUUAGAGAGGCGGCUAUCGCAGGCUGAGCAGGAAACUCGGAGGCUCCAGCAGCUGCAGGGUCGCCCUAACAGGCAGCCCUGUCAACAGGUGGAAGAGCUGGCGGCCGAGGUGGAGAGACUCCGGACUGAAAACCAGCGGCUUCGGCAGGAGAAUGAGAUGUGGAGCCGAGAUGGCAGCUGCUGUGACCAGAAGCCAGCCACAGAAGGGACCACCGGUCCCCAGGAUGAGGCCCUAUUUCAUACCCACGUGGGCCAGCUGGGUCACAAGGAGGCAGGUGACAGAUGAAAGCUACUCUCAGCAUCCCUUCCCUCCUUUGAGAACUGCUAAGGCAAGGUCAGAGUUUUCCUUGUCAUUUCCACGGUUGGGUCUUUGAUGUCAUCUUACUUUUUAAGAGGAAUUAAAUGGCCAUGUGAGAACCACUGGGAGUGGCUAGAAUUGAUUUCACUAGGGCCCUGCUUUA